AUGGAGGAUGAAGAUGGCACUUGUCUACUAGAUGUGUUGUGUGACCCCCAAGCCCUGAAUGACUUCCUUCAUGGAACAAAUGGGCUGCCAAGUGAGGACCUGCUCAUUAACUCUUCCUCAGGGGAGCCAUCCCUCUUCACAGACACCCCAAGUCCUGUCUCUUUGUUGGCAGAUGAUGUUGGCUCCCGGGACACACCAGCAUCAGGCUGUGUGGACCUCUCCUUCCUGGAGGAGGCACUGCUUGCUUCCCCUGAAGCAGAAGGGGAUCCAGAGGAGACAGAGCAAACUGCAGAGGUCUGCCCUGAGGAGCAGCAGCAACAGGAGGAGGAGGAUGCUUGCGACAUCCUUCAGCAGAGUCUGCAAGAAGCUGACAUCACUGAACACACCUUGGCGUUGGAGGCAGGACUUGCCCAGCAUGGAGAAUCCAUUUCGCUUUACCCGUCAGACAAUCUCCUUCCAUCGAAUGCUGCUUCUUACCUUGUACCUUCACUACCUAAACCGCUGUCCAUCCCUGAUGUUAACACCCUUCAGAGGGACACCCAGGCUGCUGUCGAGCCUCCGCAACCAUCUCUACUGGCUGUGGGGCCAGGUUGCCCCUCACUUAAGCCCACUGCCCCUCAAAUAAUGGGCCUUUUGCCAGGGAAUGUGUUCCCUGCUCCAACUUCUGAGAUGUCAUUUACUCAAAGUCCUACGCAGGGCUCCAACAUGGUGAUUCAGAAGGCCUUGCCUACCCUCACUAGUCGACAUGUCUUGACCCCAGCUGUGAGGGCCACUGGUGCUCCAGGGAUUCUGCUGCAGCGGGCACCGCUGCCCAUUCAGCCCAAGCUGCCUGUUAGCAUACAGCCCCGGCUGGUGCAGAUCAGUCCCAAACCGUCAAGUCAGAAAGUAUCACAGGGACUCACUUUUGUCCCAGCUACUGCGGCUCAGAACAUCUUACUGUCUCCUCCAGUUGGACCCAAGCAGCCUUCACCACCACAGCCAGCACCCAAUCUCAGCAAGCCUGUCAGCCUUCAGUUGGUCAACCAAGGUAGCUCCAUUGUCAUCCAGCCUCAAGGCCUUUUCCAAGGCCAAAGCCAGUUUUUUCUUCCCAAUCAGACCCCUGUGACAAUUUCUCAGUCUGGGAGCACAGCUAAGCCACUGCUCACGCCAGCAAGCAACCAAGUGGCCAGUGUUCAAAGCAGGACACCAGCAGCAAGUCACCUUGUUGACAGUUCUCAAGUUCUCACUGUACCCCCCAGGCAACUGAAUUUUAGUCCUGUUUUUACGACUCCAACUGGACAGAUAGCACUUAGGCAGGGUGCCUUCUUGUCAGGACCUCUGCAGCUUCAGUCAGCACAACCUACAGUCUUUCAGGUGCCAGCACAGCUUGCAGGGGCAUAUGCCUCUCAGGCACAGGGGCAGCCGGCUACAAUGGUCCACAGUCCGGCCCUGGGUAAUCACAUCACUCUGAUCAACAGCUCAAGCAUGCUCACCCCUGACAUGACCUCCAUAUCCAUUGUGAAUGGCCCAUCAUUGGUGCAAGGGCUGCCUUUUGCCUCACAGACUCAGAAACCUGCAACAGUGCCACUGGAGGGACAGUUAAAUAUCCCUCAAACCUCUUUAUUACUGCUGCCAGAAAGGCCCACAGCAGAGGAAAUUGGAGCAAACGAGCAAGUUCAAAUCGUACAGGAGAUGUUUAAACCUUUGGCCUCUCCUGAAUCCUUGCUUGGGACUCUGCCUGCACAAACAGUUACCGAUGCCUCCCCAGUGGUAAACAAUACAGAAUCAUCAUCCACAGCUCUUUCUGUGAUUAGUCAGGCUGAGGCUCUCUCUGCCCCACCUGAGUCUCGAGAGAUGCCAGUGGAUUCUGUGAUGGAGUCCAGGGAUGUACUGUCCUCCCCUCCUGUGGGACAGAAUUCUUUGAGCACGCCUCCUUCCAGUUUCCCAAACCAAGUAGGAUGUGGAGGGCAGCCAUUAGCCUCCGCUAGGUCGGUGGCGGGCACUGAACUCUCCCCGGUUCAGCAGGUUCAAGCAGGCCCCAUGGUAUGUGUGAGUCCUUCCACCAACCCAGACAGCUUGUGUGUGUCUCAGAAAAAGUCUCCACCCGUGCUUGUGUCCACUUACCUCAACGGUGAAGCAGAUCCUGCAACCCAGCAGCACAUGCAGCAAAGCACAGGUACUCCUUUUGUCCAAGCCGAUAGCAAAUUGGUCUCGCGAGAGACACAAGACUCUGCAAUGCAAAGCUCACCUGCUCUUGCCCCCAGGCCACAUGCUCAGGGAGCUCGGGGCCAAACAACAGUGCAGAGGAUCCCGCUGUUGUCCUCUUCCGUGACAGACCAAGAGGAGCGACUCACUCCAGCAAUGCGGCGACACAGGGUUCAGCAGCAGCUUUGCAUGGAUCACAGCCGUGUUAUCAAUCCAAACACCCAAACUCCUUUCGUAUCGCUGGAGGAUGCUGUGAGGCAUCUGUUACCCUACCAUACCUGUGCCAGGACCUUACCCAGUCAGAGAGAUUUCAUCACAGUUGACAGGCAGUUUGAGUGUGUGUCAGGCCUGCUCCUGAAGCGGACCACAGACAUGCUAAAUAAAUACAGACAGCUGUUACUGGCAGAAGCACAGCAGGUGAGCCCGUCGGCAGAGAUGGUGAUGCUGGAGCGUCUGUUCCUGCAGUCUGAGAGGCUGGCACUGGGAGAGGAGAGACGCAAAGCCAGACGAGAUCCAGCAUCCUUUCUGAUGUCACUGCGUAAGUCAACAUUUUCUCGUGGCCAUGCCGCUUCAGCUUCCCUCCAAAUCGGUAGAUCUGGCAGCCCUUCGUCACCUCCGGCGUGGACUCUGCUUUCGGAUCGGCCUCCUGGGCUAAAGACGUAUCGGUCAAGCAGCAAGGGGGCACUUCGUCUUACCAUAAAACACGAGUCAGGAUCCCGAAAAGUUGUCCACAGCUCUGUGUGUGAUGUCACAAAUGCUCACAAUGCCCCCUCUGGACACAAACGGAACUACAGCAGGCAGCUAACUAAUGGGGGAGACUCGCAAGAUAAAGAGGAGGUGUCUGAGCCUCUCAGGAGUCCUGAGCUCACUCCUCUGAAAAACCCAAGUGGGGCACAGCAUGUAAAAUUAGCUGAAGGUGUUUCUCACCUCAGCAAGGAGUCAUUGAUCCCCUUGAGGAGGACAGGCAAUUUAAAAGAUGUGCCCUACAGUCUGGCCAAGCCAGAAUGCCCAUCAGUGCAUGUGGAACCAUCACUUCCAGACCUUAGCGCACCAAUGCUUAAACGUAACAGACUGGAGGCUUUGGAAGUGCAGCACUCAAGUUUGCCUCCAAUUGUAGAGGACAGUGCUCUCAGUGAGCAUUUGCAGAGCGCCAUCGACAGUAUCCUGGAGCUGCAGCGACUGCAGGGGCCUGCUGCAGCAGUUCAGCCCAAGCUGCAGCAAGGCCAUGCGCUGGAGCAGAGUGUUAGUAGCAUGCUGGAGGGCCAGCUGUGA